UCUGCGGGUCUGGGGCCCAGGAUCGCUCUGUGAGCAUCUUGGAGCCAGAGAGCAGAUCAACGCGACAAGAGAGGAGCGAGGGAGCGAGCCAGAGUAGCCCCUCUGCGGAUCUGCUCCUCCCAAGGAUGCUUUGGGAGUGAGGUGAACCUGGGCUGCUCCUCACCCCUGCAGCACCCUUCCCUCCAUCCCUUCUUCUGAGUCUCCAGGAGCCUGUAGCUGUUCUGCCUGCCCAUCUACCCAGCUGUUGCUCACUUUGAGUCUGGCAAAAGUCUUUCUGAUAACAGGAAGAGGGCAGUAAGGAGGACUUCCUGGAGGGGGUGACAGAAGCUAUCACAGAAGGACACCAUGUGGUUUCCAGGUGUGAUGCUGGCUCUGGUCCUCAAAGGCCAAUUGCUGGUGCUGCCCCUGCUGUUACUGCUGGAACCACAGAUCUCUCAGGGCCUGGUCAUCACACCUCCAGGACCAGAGCUUGUCCUUAAUAUAUCCAGCACCUUUGUUCUGACCUGCUCGGGUUCAGCUCCAGUAGUGUGGGAACGAAUGUCCCAGGAGCCCUUACAGGAAAUGACUAUGACCCAGGAUGGCACCUUCUCCAGCAUGCUGACACUGACCAAUGUCACUGGACUAGACACGGGAGAAUACUUUUGCACCUACAAUGACUCCCAUGGUUUGGAGUCUGGUGAGCGGAAACGGCUCUACAUCUUUGUGCCAGAUCCCACCAUGGGCUUCCUCCCAAAUGACCCUGAGGAACUAUUCAUCUUUCUUACGGAAAUAACUGAGAUCACAAUUCCAUGCCGAGUGACAGACCCACAGCUGGUGGUGACACUGCAUGAGAAGAAAGUGGAUGUCCCGCUGCCUGUCCCUUAUGACCACCAACGUGGCUUUUCUGGCACCUUUGAGGAUAGGAGCUACAUCUGCAAAACCACCAUUGGAGACAGGGAGGUGGAUUCUGAUGCCUACUAUGUCUACAGACUCCAGGUGUCAUCCAUCAAUGUCUCAGUGAACGCAGUGCAGACUGUGGUCCGCCAGGGUGAGAACAUCACUGUUAUGUGCAUUGUGAUUGGAAAUGAGGUGGUCAACUUUGAGUGGACAUAUCCCCGAAAGGAGAGUGGGCGGCUGGUGGAGCCAGUGACCGACUUUCUCAUGGAUAUGCCCUACCACAUCCUCUCCAUCCUGCAUAUCCCCAAUGCCGAGCUAGGCGACUCAGGCACCUACAUCUGCAAUGUGUCAGAGAGUGUGAACGACCAUCAAGAUGAAAAGGCCAUCAAUGUCACUGUGGUUGAGAGCGGCUUCGUGCGGUUGCUCGAAGAUGUGGGCCCUUUACAAUUCGCUGAACUACACCGGAGUCGGACACUGCAUGUGGUAUUUGAGGCCUACCCUCCGCCUACCGUCCUGUGGUUCAAGGACAACUACACCCUGGGCGUUUCCAGCGCGGGUGAAAUUGCCCUGUCCACGCGCAAUGUGUCUGAGACCCGGUAUGUGUCAGAACUGACACUGGUACGGGUGAAGGUGGCAGAGGCUGGCCACUACACCAUGCGGGCUUUCAAUGAGGAUGCUGAGGCCCAGCUCUCCUUUCAGCUGCAGAUCAAUGUCCCUGUCCGAGUGGUGGAGCUGAGUGAGAGCCACCCUGCCAGUGGGGAACAGACAAUCCGCUGUCGUGGCCGAGGCAUGCCCCAACCCAACAUCACCUGGUCUGCUUGCAGAGAUUUCAAAAGGUGUCCACGUGAGCUUCCCCCCACACCACUGGGAAACAGCUCUGAGGAGGAGAGCCAGCUGGAGACUAAUGUGACUUACUGGGAGGAAGAGCAGGAGUUUGAGGUGGUGAGCAUGCUGCGCCUGCAACACGUGGACCGGCCGAUGUCAGUGCGCUGCACGCUGCGCAAUGCUGCUAGCCAUGACAUGAAGGAGGUCAUCGUGGUGCCACACUCCCUGCCCUUUAAGGUGGUGGUGAUCUCAGCCAUCCUGGCCUUGGUGGUCCUCACCAUCAUCUCCCUCAUCAUUCUUAUCAUGCUGUGGCAGAAGAAGCCACGUUAUGAGAUCCGGUGGAAGGUGAUUGAGUCGGUGAGCUCUGAUGGCCAUGAGUACAUCUACGUGGACCCCAUGCAGCUGCCCUAUGACUCCACAUGGGAGGUGCCACGGGACCAGCUUGUGCUUGGACGUACUCUUGGCUCUGGGGCCUUUGGGCAGGUGGUGGAGGCCACGGCUCAUGGCCUGAGCCAUUCACAGGCCACAAUGAAAGUGGCUGUCAAGAUGCUGAAAUCCACAGCCCGCAGCAGUGAGAAGCAAGCUCUCAUGUCAGAGCUGAAGAUCAUGAGUCACCUCGGGCCUCACCUGAAUGUGGUCAACCUGCUGGGGGCCUGCACCAAAGGAGGACCCAUCUACAUCAUCACCGAGUACUGCCGCUAUGGUGACUUGGUGGACUAUCUGCACCGGAACAAGCACACCUUCCUGCAGCACCGCUCCGACAAGCGCCGCCCACCCAGUGCCGAGCUCUACAGCAAUGCCCUGCCCGUUGGGCUGCCCCUGUCCAGCCAUGUGUCCUUGACUGGGGAGAGUGAUGGCGGCUACAUGGACAUGAGCAAGGACGAGUCAGUGGACUAUGUGCCCAUGCUGGACAUGAAAGGAGACGUCAAAUAUGCAGACAUCGAGUCCUCCAACUACAUGGCGCCUUAUGAUAACUAUGUCCCCUCCGCCCCAGAGAGGACCUAUCGGGCAACUUUGAUCAACGAGUCCCCACUGCUUAGCUACACAGACCUCGUGGGCUUCAGCUACCAGGUGGCCAAUGGCAUGGAGUUCCUGGCCUCCAAGAAUUGUGUCCAUCGAGACCUGGCGGCCAGGAACGUGCUUAUCUGCGAGGGCAAACUGGUCAAGAUCUGUGACUUUGGCCUGGCUCGAGACAUCAUGCGGGACUCAAACUACAUCUCCAAAGGCAGUACCUUCCUGCCUCUGAAGUGGAUGGCCCCAGAGAGCAUCUUCAAUAGCCUGUACACCACCCUGAGUGAUGUGUGGUCCUUCGGGAUCCUGCUCUGGGAAAUCUUCACUCUGGGUGGCACCCCUUACCCAGAGCUGCCUAUGAAUGAGCAGUUCUACAAUGCCAUCAAGCGGGGUUACCGCAUGGCCCAGCCUGCUCAUGCUUCUGAUGAGAUCUACGAGAUCAUGCAAAAGUGCUGGGAAGAAAAGUUUGAGAUCCGGCCCCCCUUCUCCCAGCUGGUGCUGCUGCUCGAGAGACUGCUGGGUGAGGGCUACAAAAAGAAGUACCAGCAGGUGGAUGAGGAGUUUCUAAGGAGCGACCACCCAGCCAUCCUUCGGUCCCAAGCCCGCUUUCCUGGAUUCCAUGGCCUCAGAUCUCCCCUGGACACCAGCUCUGUCCUCUACACUGCUGUGCAGCCCAAUGAGGGUGACAAUGACUACAUCAUCCCCCUGCCUGACCCCAAACCGGAGGCUGCUGAGGACGGCCCCCUGGAGGGUUCCCCCAGCCUUGCCAGCUCCACCCUGAAUGAAGCCAACACCUCCUCGACCAUCUCCUGUGAUAGCCCCCUGGACCCCCAAGAGGAACCAGAGCCAGAGCCCCAGCUGGAGUCCCAGGUAGAGCCCAAGUUGGAAGUAGAGCAGCUGCCAGAGUCAGGCUGCCCUGGGCCUCGGGCCGAAGCGGAGGACAGCUUCCUGUAGGGGGCUGGCUCCCACCUUGCCCUGCCCGGAGCUUCCCUCUGCCAGCACUCAGUGCCUCUGGCCUGGCUGGGCCUCCUGUCAGCCAGGCUGCCCUUAUCAGCUAUCCCUUUCUGGAAGGCUUCUGCCCCUAACACAUUGUGCCCCAAAGCCUGGGGCUGGCUUAGGAGGCAAGAGAACUAUAGGGGCCAUGACCAGCCCUCUGCCUCUGGGGAGGCCAUGUGACUCUGAACCAGGCUUCCCCUCAUGUAAGAUGGGAAAGCUGGGCGUGGUGAGCCACCAUCCGGGACCUUCUUCCUGGCUGACAGGUGAGGAGCUUGGAAUCCCUGAGGAGAGUCUCCAGGUUAACGAGGCGGUAGAUUCAUGAUUUUCUGUUUGUUGGCCAGCUUGCCCUCAAGGAGCAUAGUUUCUCCUUGCACUUUUAUGCACCCAAGAGCCAGGGAAGAGACCCUGGCCUCCCUGGCCUCCCUGGCUCCUGGCUGAGCUGGGGCCUGGCCUUGGGCCACGUCACCUCAUCUAGAAGGAUGCCAGUCUCUCUGUGAUGCCAGUCUCUGCUCUCCCAGGCCCGAGCUGGUCUGGGGCCAUCCAUCCUAAUCAGUGCUAAUUAAUGCUGGAGGCUGAGCCGGGACACCCCAGCCUGCAGUGUUUGCCCUGGGCACUGGGAGCACACCCAGCUGUAGAAGGCGCCUGCAUCCCCGUCCUUCAGGCCCAUUAGUCCCAGACUUUUCUCCAUCACCCUGUCUUAAUCCACCUGCCAGAGUCUGCAGGGCCAGAAUGGCCUCCAUCUGUGAUGAUGGUGUUGAUGUGGCAGUGUGACGUGUCUGCACAUAUUGGCCAGUAUGUGGCCCCAGCUCUGCUUUGGACCUGCCGCGAGACCUUAGAGGAAUUCCUCACCCUCUCUGGUCCUCAGUUUUCCCCAUUGAAAAAUGAGCAAAUUGGACUCAUUAACUCCAAGUGCUCUGCUAGCAUUAACAUUCUAGAAUAUUCCAGGUGGUUGCACAUUUGUCCAGAUGAAAAAAGGCCAAAUAUCCUAAGCUGCCAUCCGGGGGUCAGCUAGACUCUGGGGGAGAUUCCAGAUCACACAUGACACUUGGGAGAUUCAGGAACUGUACCCCUUCCCCAGGCCCCAGCAAGGCCCAAGAAUGCAGCUGCUUAGGCCAUGACUUGGGGAGACAGCCGGUGUCAUGGAAAGCCCCCAGCAGCUGCCCCAGGGACAUGAGAAGACCACAGGACCUCUUUCAGUACCCAUGAUGACCUCUGAAGCUAUCCUGGGCAAGGGGGGCAAAGAGGGCAGAUCAGCUUCCCUUGUACAACCCAUCACUCCAGCACCUGCUGUCCAGGUCUAUGCCACAGACAGAAUGGACAGGGAGGACAGUUAUGUCCCAUAAAGGACAAGAAGCUUCAGAUGAGUACCUCCAAGAAAGGGGUACAAAAGGUGAGCACUUUGGGGGUUGCCUUCUCACCUGCCAGCUGCCCCAUCCCGGAGGCAGUACCCCAUGGGGGUAUGGUCUUGUCACUGCCCAGGCCUAGUAGUGACACCUCACUGUCCCCAGCCGAGGGCAUUGGAGGUGUCAGGGAGUAAGGCUGUGGCCAAGACCACCAGCAGGGAGAAGGCUAGAUGGGGGAAGGCUAGGCUGGUGAGGGAAGCUCAGCCCUUCUGGGUUCUAGUCCCUCUUGUAGGUUGGCACCUUCCUACCCCAGGAAUCCCAAAUCCUGGUCCAAGGAUGGGGAGUGGGCUUUGAAUACGGUACCAAAGAUAUAAUCACUUAGGUUUACAAGUAUUUUUAGGACUCACAUUAACUCACAUUUAUACAACAGAAGUGCUAUUUUGUAUGCUGUUAAUUUUCCUAUCUGUGUACUUUUUUUAAGGAAAAGAUUUUAAUAUUAAACCUGGUGCUUCUCAC